AUGAAGUUCACCCAAACUUUAGGUUACAUGGUAGCGGUUAUACUGCUGAGCUGUGGAUGCUUGGCGAAACCCAGCAAUCGCGAAACAGUCAUGGAAAAUGAGCAAGAACUUGACCCUGCUUUCAUUUUACGCUGGACAGUAAUUGAAGGCACGGGUGACAUUGAAAUAGAAAUCCAAGCCAACUGCACUGGCUGGACGGGAAUUAGUUUGGCUGAGGGAAAAAUUGGCCAGCCUGGAUCAUACGGCGACGUUAUCAUGGUGGGAUUCAAUGAUGAACUCCAGCUGGGCUACAGUGAAGAUAGACACAUUGCUCUGGAGAAUCCUGAUCCUGCUAAUGGACACUUGUUUGAUGACAGCAACGAUAUUUUGUUGAAAAGUGCUCGAUACGAGGAACCGUGGACCAUCAUCCGCAUUUUACGUAGUCUCAAUACUGGCGAUUCCCAAGAUGUCCCUAUUGUGCCUGGACCAAUGACAGUAGCUUGGACCAUUUCUUCCACGGACGAUACGUCUCUUGGGCACGGCGCCCGUGGCCUCAGUAAAGUUACCUUCAUUCCUCUUUAA